UAGGAAGAAACAGGCAGUGCAGAAUUCCUGCGGGAUGAUUACACGGUGUGGAAUGGCCCCUGCAGCAGCAAAGCCCUGGCUCCCAGUCCAGACAACACCAGGGAUUUUGCCCGAGCUGCCCAGCUCAUGUCCACACCCUUCAAUUACCUGGCAGCUCCCUCCCAGCCCCCCUUGGAGGACAGAGCCUCUAAGGAAAAUUUGCCCCAAAUGGAUGUGGAAUUCUCUGAAGAACUGCAGAGGCAGCCAAAGCUCAAGAAGUUAAGCACUGCUCUCCAGCACGUCCCAGAGAAGAGAGGGCUUCAUGGAAGCAUCCUGAAACAAGGGACUGGGAUCCAGGGAAUUGCUGCAGCUGCUUCCCAAGGACUGCAUGAGCAGACAGCUUCAAGCAGAGCUGGACAUCCCUCCUCCCUCGGGGUGGACAGGACAGCCUGGAAUGGGAGACCUGCAGUCCUUGUUGAGAACCCCUGGGACAAGGAAUUGAUUGGCAAACUCUUGUCGGAGCUUCCGAAACCGCUGCGCACCUGCGCCAACUACUUUGAGUGGAAAUCUCCUCUCCCACCCAUCAGACUGAAGGCUCCACUCUCACUGGGUCCCAGCUCAUUCCAUGUGGACUGCUUGGUUGGGGAAGGAGCUUUUGCCCAAGUCUACCAAGCUUCCAUCCUGGAUGCCAGUAACCCUCGGAAUAACCAGAAAGUGGUAUUCAAGGUCCAGAAACCUGCCAACCCUUGGGAGUUCUACAUUGCAACCCAGCUGCUGGAGAGGCUGAGCCCCAGCGUGCGCCACCUCUACAUCCACUUCUACUCGGCCCACUUCUUCCCCAACGGGAGCAUUCUGGUGGGAGAGCUGCACAACUACGGAACGCUGCUCAAUGCCAUCAACAUUUACAAGAAGCUCCCAGAGAAGGUGAUGCCCCAAGCCCUUGUCGUCUACUUCGCCGUCAAAAUCCUGCACAUGGUGGAGGAGUUGCACGGCUGCAAAAUCAUCCACGGGGACAUCAAGCCUGACAAUUUCAUCCUGGGAGAAAGGUUCCUGGACAACGACACGUGUGACAUCGACGGGCUCUGCCACGGCCUGACCCUCAUUGACCUGGGCCAGAGCAUCGACAUGAAGCUCUUCCCUGAGGGAACAGCCUUCACUGCCAGGUGUGAAACAUCUGGAUUCCAGUGCGUGGAAAUGCUGACAAACAAGCCCUGGAACUACCAGACAGACUACUUUGGGAUCGCAGCCACCGUGUACUGCAUGCUCUUCGGGACCUACAUGCGCCUCAAGGACGACAACGGCGUCUGGAAGCCUGAGGGAACCUUCAGGAGGCUCGCCAACGCUGAGCUGUGGAAAGAGUUCUUUGAGAGCUUGCUGAACAUUCCCAGCUGCCAGCAGCUGCCUUCCCUCAGAGCCCUGCGCCAGAAGCUCAGGGAUUUGUUCUGCAGGUCCUACAUGAAGGAAAUCAAGUUCCUGCGGAACAGACUCGUCGUGCUGCUCAUCGAGCACAAGCGCUCGCGGAAAUAAGGGCUGAGUUUGCACAGUUUCCAAGGACUUGGGGUUUUAUGGGUGUGGAGUCUUUUUUUUUAAUAA